AGCACUUGCCAUGUAUUUAUAAAAAGACAAGCAACUUUGCUUUUCUCUCUUUCUCUCUUUCUUUUUUCUUAUAAUCAAUUUCUCUUUUCUUUUUUUCUUCAGCAGCAGUAAUAGAAAAAAAAAGUUCUGUAUUUCAUACCCCCACUUUUUUUUUACAUUCACUUUCUUAUCCCCCAUACCAAUCCUUAGUUUUCUAUUCCUUCAUUUAUAACCCACAUCUAUUAAAAAAAAAUGAACAAGCUUCACUGGUCUCCUGAAUAUCCUUAUGAGUGCCCUGUCCCUCAACAGCAACAACAAUACAUGUCCAAGACUGAUAUUGAACAACAAACAAAUUUGAUGUAUCCUGUCUCUCCUUUUUAUGCUAGUUCACCUUCUGCAUCACCUACUAGUGUCAUGUAUGGCAAUGAGUCUUUUGUCACCAGUCCUUCUUACAUUCAUGCUGGUCCUGGAAGCCCAGAUUCUUUAAUGUCUCUUUCCGCACCCAUCUACCAAGUCCCACCCCCACUUGUUCAAUCCUCCUCCAGCUCCACGAUCCGCUCGAAUGGUAGCACCACAAGUUCCGCUGCUGCCACUGCUUAUUUGAAUGAAACUAUUGCUAAAGCUUCAGCAUUACCUGAAUCCUUUUAUCCCGAGUUUCUUCAAUACUCAAAGGAAUCGUUUGAACAAACAACUGGGCGUAUCAGUAAGAAGCGUGCCCGAUCGGAUGAAGAUAAGGCUCAAAAGCAAUUCUCUUCUGAUGAAGAUGAUGAAGAUGAAGACCAAAGACAACAACAGCAGCGUCCUGCUCGCAAGCAAAAAGUUGAACAAGAUGCCACUGCUACCAGUGUCUCUGAAUUAAGACGCCAGAUCCAUAUUCAAUCGGAGCAAAAACGUCGUGCUCAGAUUAAGGAUGGUUUUGAAGAUUUGCGUACUGAAUUGCCUGCCUGUUUGAACAAGAAGAUGAGCAAGGUUACAUUGUUACAUAGAACUGUUCAACAUAUUCAACAUUUGAAAUCAACUCAAAUGACAAUCUUGGCUGAGCUUGAACGCCUUGUACAGGAAAAUGAACAACUCCGCAGUUUCCAACAAAGUGUGUUACAAAAGCAAGCUCUUGAAAACAUGUAUUCAAUUGGAAAUAUGUAAAGAAAUCAAUUAAUCAAGACUAUACAUUGCAUCUACAUAUUUAUUUUCUACAUAAGGCAUUUUAUUAUUCAGAACAUACCCCCCGUUUUAUUUUUUUUUUAUAGACAAGCAUCCUCAUCUUUUUAAAAAAAGAAAAAAAAAUAUAUAUCUUUCUUUUUAAGCUCUUUUAUAUACGAACAUCUUCCCCCUCUCCUCUACUCUUUUUAUAUACAAAAGAAGUGGCUUUUGUGUGAAGAAUCCUUUUCCCCUCUCUCUUCCCCCCCUCCUCUUUUUUUUUACUUUUCUUACGACAAAAAAAAAGGACUAAGCCCAAUAAUAAAAUAAUAUGAUUCACACA